GUACAUACAUACCGUAAUUCGGGCGGGUUUGCCAAGCGCGGUCGGCGUUUUAGUCUUCGUCCAGUAAUGGCGGGAAGCUAAGUUUCCGUCAAGUCCAUGACCGCUUUUCAUCCCAUUCCAUUACUUACCCACUCCGUGCCGAAUGCGCGGAAGCAGGACUUCUCCAAGACUUAUACACCGCCAGCGCUGACUUUCUGCUUCUUCGAUCGAUAUUUUCUCAUCUAGAUGUACCGCAGAGCAUGGAUUAUUGACCCGAUUACUUCUGCAUUUUCGUGAUUUGUGAUCCCAACCAACGCACCGUCUCUCCGCCCAUUAGUAACACCCGGACGGAGGGUGCCAUGGGCGUUCUCCUUGGCUGGGCGCAAUACGUCGUGUGCGCCGUCGUGCUUGCGCUUCUCGUGCGCACCCGGUGGAACACAAGGACUAUAGUCGCAAGCAAUGGCAGGGCUCUGAGAAAACCCCCCGACACUCUGCCGCUCGUCGGCAAUGGCAUCAAGUUUCUCCAGUCCCGGUGGAAGCUGUUCGGCUGGUUUGACAAGUGUCAGCGCCAGUUUGGCUACGAGACGGUUGCACUCACCGUGCCCACGUUGCCUCCCGGCGUUCUCAUUCACGACCCCCGGAAUCUCGAGUUCGUCUUCAAACAUGAAGGCGUCUUCACAAAGGGGAACUUUGUCAAGGGCCGAUCUUGGGACCUCUUUGGUAACGGAAUCAUCAAUGCCGAUGGCGAGUUGUGGAAGCUACAGAGAAAGGCGGGCUUGGCCUUUCUCAACACAGCCAAUCUUCGGGUCCUCACCGAAGUCGCUCUCCCUCAGUAUCUGUUCGAGAGUGUCAACGAGAUCAAGGCAACUAUCGGCGAAGAGGUAAUCGACCUGCAACAUGUCUUUCAUGAGAUCACAACCAAGCUGAUGGGUCGCAUGGCUUACAACAUGGAAAUGCAUGCCGACGAUGAAUUCGGCACGGCCUUCGACUAUGCCUCUGGUGGAACUGCUGAACGCUUCCAGAACCCUCUAUGGUUCAUCACGGAGUUAUUCUUUGGGUCCAAGCUCCGAAAGUCCAUCUCGAUUGUCAAAGACUUUGGGGGGCGCAUAGUCGCGAAGGCAGUCCACGACCGGCGAGGCCAAAAAGAUGAGAAAUCCGAGGUAGAGCAGGAUGAUGGAGAGAGAAAGCUCGACCAAAUCUCGGGCAGUCUUAUCCAGUCCCUCCUCGACGCCAUUGGAGACGAACAAAUGGUCGCCGAUGCUGCCCUGACCUACCUCUCUGCUGGCAGAGACACCACAGGCCAGGCCCUGACGUGGACCUUCUACCUCUUGAUGAGGCAUCGGGACGUUGCGGACAAGGUUCGGCAAGAAGUCCAGCGACUGUUCGGAGAACGGGGCGUGUCGCCAGCGCAGGAACGCUUCGACUCGACCCUGUUUACCCCCGUUUCCAUGCCAUACUCCAUGGCCGUCUUUUACGAGGCCCUGCGCCUGUAUCCGCCGAUUCCCUUUGAGAUCAGGCAGUGCAUGGAGGACGUGACGCUGCCAGACGGGACGUGUUUGCCCAAGCACUCAGUCCUCGUCUGGUGUCUGUGGGCAAUGCACCGGUCUAAGGUCACCUGGGGCGACGACGCCGACGAGUUCAGGCCUGAGCGGUUCUUGGAGCAUGGGAAGCUCGUGUCCAAAAGCUCGACCGAAUUCCCCGUUUUUUACGGGGGGGCUAGGACCUGCCUUGGCAAGAAGAUGGCAGAGGCCAUUGCCGUCCAGGUCAUACCGACUAUGGCGUGGCUGUUUAACUUUACUCCGGUGGACCAGAACGAGAGGGUCAGCAAGACCAGCUUGACCAUGCCCAUGAAGGACGGGUUGCCUGUCAGGGUCGAGGUUGCAUCAAGAGCGCGAGGCUUGUCUCUCGAGACGCAAUAAUAGACGAGUCUAAUAACAAGGGUUAGGGUUCGAUCCUUUGUAUUGGGCCAAUGCAACACAAGCUGCUUUUUCCCCUCCCUCGCUUCUCCUCGAUCCUAGUUUCAAGUUGACGCAACAGUGAUCAGAAUAGGCCGUCUGGGAUCGGGGCUCGAGUGCCCCCUCCCUUCUUCAGAAUAUUGUGUCGUCACUGUCCGUCCAAGACACAACUGACCCACAAAGAGUUCCGAAUACAACCUGGGACAGAACAAACUGCUCCCUCGUAAUACCCCCAAUCUCAUUUGUCUCGAAUCCAUAUAUACAUAUACAUAUUCCAAGGUAGCUGCGGUGUUCUCGGUGUACUCUACAAGAUCGAC